ACGCCCGUAGGGCAGGGAGGAUUAAUCAACGUCACUGCACAUAUCAAGCAGUCUCCCCAGUCGAAUGAGAUCAGUCCUAAGGGGGGCGACAAACCCGUUGUUCUCAACACCAACCCCGAGGACUAUGGGAUGGAUCAGAACAGUGAGGACUCUACUGAUGAUGAGUCGGCACCAAGGAAACCCAUUCCCAAAUGGGCCAAGGGCGACCAGCUGAAACAGUCCAUGAAGAGGCAAUAUUUCAACCCAACGGACGUGGACUGUCACUAUGGAGAGAUUGAACCUCCAAUGUUGAACACAAUCUUCUACAAGAACAAACCUCGCUACCUCAAACGUACCAGUUCUGGUAUCUGGUACUCUCCUCCUAAAAUGGAGGCUCUGCCCAUUUAAACACUGGGAACUGGGAUAGAAUGGGUUUUAUAUUGUAUUUUUGUUACGUUUUGUUCUUUUGCAUGUGUUAUAUAAUAGAACCCUCUGGUUGACGGACACCCGAAGUGACUGCAGAUAAGUGCA